UAUAUGCUGGUAAACUUUACAGGAAUGGCCGCUUUCAUAGCGUGUUUGUGUAUCGUGUCGAAGUUUUAUAUUACGAUAUUUCCUUCCAAGUUCCAGCGAGGCAUAUGUUUGAGAACAAAAGAAAAUAAAUAAAUACUUAAGUUGUUUAUCGUGUAAAGAUAAUAAUAAGCCAACACGAGUCAUUCGUGUAACGAGCAGUCGCCGCGUUUACAGUAGCUAGUUUAAGAUCGCCGUUCUGCUCAACAGUUUUAUCAAGAUCAGCAGCAGCAGCAAGAGGACAUGGCUGCUUUAGUCGACAUCGGCGGCAACGGCUUCCUGCAGAAAAGGAACGCUAACAACGGCCAGGAGUCACAGCCGUCUCCACUGGCUUUGCUGGCAGCCACAUGCAGCCGGAUUGAAUCUCCAAACGAGAAUGCGCAGCAGCAGCAGCAGCAAGUCUCAUCCGAGCAACAGAUAGACCUGAGCACAGCACAGAUAACGCAAACGGCCAACGGCUGGCAGAUUAUCCCCGCUGCCUCUUCAGUAUCCAGCUCUGGAGCUGCCACCAUCACCACUGUCAGCCAAAGCGGCGGAGAUGCUGGCAAGACCCGGCAGGUGAUGACGGGCGGGCAGCAGUAUGUCCUGUCCUCAGCCCCUGGGAUCCAGGGCCAGCAGGUGUUGGCCAGCCUGACCAGCGUGAUGCCCAACAUUCAGUACCAGGUCAUCCCCCAGUUCCAGACAGUCGACGGGCAGCAGCUGCAGUUCGCGUCCCCGGCGCAGGGCAUCAACGUCCAGCAGGACGCCUCGGGGCAGUUCCAGUUGGUGUCGCAGGGCGGUGGCCAGCAGAUCAUCACCACCGGCCGGGGCGGGGGCAAUGCGGCCGGGCAGAACAUCAUCACCAUGCCCGGGGGUCUCCUCCAGCAGGCCGUGCCCUUGCAGAACCUGGGCAUCGGCAGCAACCUCCUGCAGAGCCCGGCCCAGUUCCUGGCCAACAUGCCCAUGGCGCUCAACGGGAACAUCACGCUGGUACCGGUCGCCAGUGCCGGAUCCGGGCAGACCGUGGCGGAGACCGGCGCGGUGACCACGGUACACCAGCAGCAGCAGCCGACCUCCAGUUCCGGAGGGGUGUAUUUCACUAGCUCUGGAUCCCUGGGCACCACCACCCAAGCCAGCAACAGCCUGGCCAGCUUCACCACCGUGGCAAGCGCUCAGCAGUCCACGCCUCAGCGUUCCGGCAGCGGCGGGACAGGAUUCCAGAAUGCGGGGACCGCCGGCACUGUUCACAUCCAGCCUUGCCCGCAAGACAACAGAGACUCUCAAUCUCAGCAGCAGCAGCAGCAGCAGCAGCAGCAGCAGCAGCAGCAGCAGCAAAUUCUGAUCCAGCCACAGCUGAUCCAAGGAGGUCUCCAGACCAUCCCGGCCGGCCAGGCUUUCGCCACCCAGACCAUCUCCCAGGACGCCCUGCAGGGACUCCAGAUCCAGACCCUGCCCAACACCGGCCCCAUCUUGCUGCGGACCGUGGGCCCCAAUGGCCAGGUGAGCUGGCAGACCCUGCAGAUGCCGAACACGGCCGGGACCCAGACGAUCACCCUGGCCCCCAUGCAGGCCCUGGGGCAGAGCUCCGGAGGCACAGUCACGCUCAACGCCUCGCAGCUCUCCGGCAUGCAGGGCCUGCAGACCAUCAACCUGAACACGCUGGGCAACGCCGGCAUCCAGAUGCACCAGCUCCAGGGCGUGCCCAUCACCAUCGCCAACACCGCAGGGGACCAGUCUCAGCUGGGUUUGCAGGGAGCGGGGGGAGACAGUCUGGAUGACAGCACAGCGAUGGAGGAGGGAGGGGAGAGCAGCCCGGGACAGCAGCCUGGGCAACGCAGACUACGCAGGGAGGCCUGCACUUGCCCCUACUGUAAGGACGGCGAGGGCAGGAGCAGCGAUCCGGGCAAGAAGAAACAGCACAUCUGCCACAUCCCGGGCUGCAUGAAGGUGUACGGGAAGACCUCUCACCUGCGGGCUCACCUGCGCUGGCACACGGGCGAGCGCCCCUUCGUCUGCUCCUGGCAGUUCUGCGGGAAGCGCUUCACCCGCUCGGACGAGCUGCAGAGACACAAGAGAACGCACACGGGUGAAAAGAAGUUCUCCUGCCCCGAGUGUCCCAAGCGCUUCAUGAGGAGCGAUCAUCUCUCCAAGCACAUCAAGACGCACCAGAACAAGAAAGGAACCGGGAACGGGGGAGGGGCCGCGGCGACUGGCGACUGCAGCCCUGCCCUCUCCAUCGCCAUCGAUGCAGGCUCCGCCCAGGAGGGGGGCGUGGCCUCAGACCAGCACGCACUCAUCACCAUGGAGACACUGUCUCCGGAGGGCAUCGCCCGCCUCGCCAGCAGCGGAAUCAACGUCAUGCAAGUUACGGACCUGCAUUCCAUUAACCUCAGUGGCAACGGGUACUGAGGACAGGGGAGAGGGGGUGGGGAGAGAGGGGCGCGCUCAGGCUGUACAUAGUUUUAAAGAGUAAAGACAGGAGGUGGUGGUGGUGGUGGUGGUGGAUGGGUUUAACCUGUUCUGGACUUGUUUUCCCUGUCUGUUCCCUGCAGCCCAAACCAAGCGCAGUGUCUCCCUGUAUCAGCAAUCUGUUUGGUACAGCCCUGUACUAAGCCACGACGCUGGUCCCUUUUUUAAAAAAAACACUUUUGUGAACCGCCUUUGAUCUGGCGUGAUGUGUAGACAGACUGCUCUGUGACGCGCCUUGGAGAUUUUUUUUUUUUUAAUAGAGAAUGGGAUUCAACGACCACAGCAACCCAAGACUUGAACACAAAUCCUCUCCUCUCUCUCUCUCUCUCUCUCUCUCUCUCUCUCUUUAUAAUUUUCUCUCUUUCUCACUCUCUCUAAAAAAAGAGACGACAGCAGGACAAGGACUCAGACUCAAGCCGUGACCAGAACAGCGAAAAUCCUGUUGAUCAGACAUUCUACAAAAUUAUUAUUUUUUAUCCUUUGUUGUUAUUUUUUUGUAUUGCUAUCAUUAUUAAAUAUAGGUACACUGAAAGCCAUCAAGCCUUGAUACACUAUACUAUCAAUGCAAACUAUUUUGUUCUUUUUUUUUUUAAUAAAUAUAGAAGAUUCAUAAUAUAGGAUGGUCAAUCAUACGAUCAUACGAAUGCCUUACUCUGUAUUUUUAUAUAUAUAGAUAUAUGUGUGUGUAUCAUACCUGAAAUUAUUAAACCUGUUUUAUUUUUUUUCCUCAUGCGACCAAGAUUAAGCUUAAUCACUAAGAUGAGAAUUAUCUGGAAAAAUACCCCGGUUUUAGUUUAAAAGUAUAAUUUGUAGAUUGAUUAUUUUUUUUUUGACUGCAUUGUGUGUCAUUUACAAACCUGUUUCUUUAAACAGACACAAACACACACAGAGAAGUAAACUGCAACUAUUGCAGUUGAGCAGUCCAGGAGCUGAAAAAAAAGACUCCCACUGCAGAGCUGUUUGAGCCAUUCCUGUUUUUACACGCAACGCGCUUAAACUGGGCUCCACUCAAUCUCGGCGUUGCCUGUUCUAGGUGUUCGAAUCACAGUAAAACCUGGAGUGUCUCAAACGGAAAUUUCUCGCAGUAAAACCUUGUGCAGUCUCGGACUGCGCUGCAGUGGGUAGAUGACCUCAUCGCUGCAUUGUGAGUUGAGGGAAUACCUGCUUUUAAAAAAGGAAGCAGUUCUGCUCUAGAUAAAGGCGUACGUUUUUGCUUAGUUUUUUUCCAAUCAGGUCUGUUUGAUUUUUUAUUUAUUUCCCUCUCCUGGUUGCUCGUUGUAUUUAUUCCUGGUUCAUCGAUGUACCUUCAGACACAUCAUUGUUGUCAGAACCCACGUUUUUUAUUCAUGCGUAUUGCAGGUUUUUUGAUAUGUAAUCCUUUAGAAAUGUUUUUUUUUUAAAAUUGCUAUUUUUGGAUGAGAAACUUUGUUUUGUAAGGAGAACUUAUAUUAAAUAAUUGUAACACUCUUAAAA